UCUAGGUCCCAGGGGAGAAUGUGGAAUAGUGAGAGAGAUCAAAAAUAAACCUCUUAUGUCAAAGCAAGGGGGGAAGAAAAGUAUAAAUACCGAGGACUCUGCAGCCAGAUUUGGUGCUUCAAAGGCUUGGGAAGAAGCAGCCCAGGGAGAGAGCGGAGCAGCCCAGGGAGAGAGCUAGAGGGCUUCUUAGGAAGGGAAGGGAGGGAAACUCAGAGAGGCAGAGAGAGAGAGAGAAAUCAGGAUUCCAACACCCACCCAGCCCCAGCCUCUUUCAACUCGACACACUUUUUUCCAAGUGGACAGCCCGCUUUGCUGCUGCAUCUUUUGCCCGGAAAGGUGCAAGAGCUACUUUGGAAGCUGGUAACAGAAGGAACCCCACAAAGCAGCCUUUGGGGAGAAAAAGGAUUUUCCCGGGGCCCCCCUCAAUUCUCCCUCUACGCUGGGCAAGUUGCUGCUAACUAAACCUGGCAUUAAAACCCCAAAUUUGUUCACUCCUCUCCUAUCAAUUUCAAGCCACAAGUUUUUCCCUGGGGAUCGCGGCUUGCCAAUUUGCAGCAUACACAGCUGGGGACUUUGCUGUUUCUUCAACCGAGCCUGCUCUUCCCAUCCCGUCACUGGCUCCCCGAUAGCAUCAAUGCCCCUUUCUCUGCAACCACCGCAGCCCUCGGCUGGCAGGCUGGCCGCUGCCCGCACGCUCUUCUUCCCUCUGCUGCUGGUCUUGCGACUGCUGGGCAAUUCCUGGGCACUGCCCACCCAGGACAGCGACUCCCAGGGGGUGGUGCCAGUCUGGAUGGUCCCUCCGGGAGGCGAAGGGCAGGUUUCCUUCUCCAUCCGUGCCUUCAGGAAGGAGUUUGUCCUGCAGUUGGAGCCAGAUGCCAGCUUCUUGGCACCUGGGCUGAAGAUCCAGCACGUGGGUAGGAAGGAGCUCCUUGCUAAGGAGGACGUGGGGCUCCGGAGCUGCUUCUACUCUGGGACUGUGAACUCCCAGCCAGACUCCCUGGUGGCUGUUAGCCUGUGCCAGGGCAUCCGUGGCUCCUUCUUGGUGGAUGGAGACAAAUAUGUCAUCCACCCACAAGGUCAUGAGAAUGGGGAUCCUCUGCUGCAGGCCCACCAGCUCCAGAAGAGGGGGUGGGCAAAAGAAGCUGGAGAGGACAUCCCAGAAGAGGAAUCCCGGGUAGCAGAGUCCAACAGCACCGGCAGAACCAAGAGGUUCAUCUCAGAAGCCCGCUAUGUGGAGACCCUGCUGGUGGCUGAUGCCUCCAUGCUCCAGUUCUAUGGGGAAGACCUGACGAAUCACAUCCUUACCUUGAUGUCUGUGGCUGCUCAGAUCUACAAGCACCCCAGCCUGAAGAACUCCAUCAGUUUGGUGGUGGUGAAGGUGGUGGUGGUGGAAGAUGAGAAGGUUGGGCCAGAAGUGUCUGACAACGGAGGGCUCAUGCUACGGAACUUCUGCGAGUGGCAGCAGCAGUUCAACCCUGCAAGUGACCGCCUCCCGGAGCACUAUGACACGGCAGUCUUGUUGACGAGACAGGAUUUCUGUGGACACCAGGGCUGCAGGACCCUCGGAGUGGCUGAGACAGGCACCAUGUGCAACCCAAACAAGAGCUGUUCUGUGAUCGAAGAUGAGGGUCUCCAGGCAGCCUACACCUUGGCCCAUGAACUAGGGCAUGUACUCAGCAUGCCUCAUGACGAUUCCAAGGCCUGUGAGAAGAACUUUGGGACCUUAGGGAAGCAUCACAUGAUGGCCCCUCUGUUCAUCCACUUAAACAAGACUCUGCCAUGGUCCCCUUGCAGUGCCAUGCACAUCACAGAAUUUCUGGAUGGAGGGCACGGUGACUGCCUGCUUGACAAACCUGCCGAACCCAUUGCCCUCCCCACAGACCUUCCAGGCCAAGUCCCCCUAUACAACCUUGAUCAUCAGUGCCAGCAGAUCUUUGGCAAGGAGUUUCGACACUGCCCAAACACCACGCAGGAGGACAUCUGUUCCCAGCUCUGGUGUAAGCUGGAGGCAGGGGAGCGCCUGUGCCACACCAGGAAUGGCAGCUUGCCCUGGGCAGAUGGGACACCCUGUGGGGCAGAGAAGAUGUGUUUGGAUGGACACUGUGUGGCCCAAGACACAGUGAUGCCUGAGCCGGCAGUGGAUGGAAACUGGGGGCCCUGGAGCCCAUGGAGGCCAUGUUCCAGGACAUGUGGUGGAGGAGUGCAUUUCUCCGAAAGAGGGUGUGACAACCCUACACCCAAGAAUGGAGGCAAAUACUGCGAAGGCCAAAGAGUCAAGUAUGAAUCAUGCCACACUGAGGAAUGCCCACCGAAUGGCAAGAGUUUUCGAGAGCAACAGUGUGAAAAGUAUGACAGUUACAACUAUACAGACACAAACGGGAAUCUGCUGGAGUGGGUCCCCAUGUACACAGGCGUGUCACCUCGAGACCGCUGCAAGCUGUUCUGCCGGGCUAAAGGGGGAACCCGUCAAUUCAAAGUGUUUGAGUCCAAAGUAGCUGAUGGGACCCUCUGUGCACCUGACACCCUCUCUGUUUGUGUGAGUGGGCAGUGCAUCAAGGCUGGCUGUGACCACAUCAUUGGUUCGCCCAAGAAGUUAGACAAGUGUGGGAUUUGCGGUGGCAACGGCUCAACUUGCAAGAAAAUAUCUGGCUCACUCAACAAAUCUAAAUUUGGAUACAACGACAUUGUCACAAUCCCCGCAGGAGCAACCAAUAUUGACAUCAAGCAACACGGUCGCCGAGGGGUGUGGCCUGACCAAAACUAUUUAGCCCUGAAAACCCUGGAUGGCAAAUACCUCUUGAAUGGAAACCUUGCCAUUUCAGCUAUGGAAGAAGACAUUUUCAUCAAGGGGACUGUACUGAGAUACAGUGGCUCUCUUACCACCCUGGAACGCAUCCAAAGUUUCCAGAAGCUCCCGGAGCCACUUACUGUCCAGGUGUUGACCGUUUCCGCUGAGCUGUUCCCCCCAAGGGUGAGAUACACCUUCUUUAUCCCCAAGGACGUCCACUUCAGCAAACAGAAGAGCAAGGAGAAGAACUUGGCCAACGUAAUCAAGCCCAUGCUAACGUCACAGUGGGUCCUGGGAGACUGGUCCGAGUGCUCGAAAUCGUGCGGCUCUGGCUGGCAGAGACGAGCGGUGGAGUGUCUGGAUGUGGAAGGGCAGGUCUCCUCAGCCUGCAACAAAUCCCUCAAGCCUGAGGACAUCAAGCCCUGCAGUGACUUCCCGUGCCCCAUCUGGCAGAUGGGGCCUUGGUCCCCCUGUUCUCAAACGUGUGGAGAGGGAAUGCGGACACGAAGCCCCUUGUGCGUUGACUACACAGGGAAACCUAUCGCCUCAGAGAAAUGUGGUUCGCCGCGGCCGCCAGCAGCUACCACCGCCUGCAUGCUUCAAGAGUGCUGAGGGCAAAGGGAUGGCCGACACAUGAUCAGAGGCAUGUGUAACAUAGGCUACUAACCUGACCCGAACCAGGCUUGGCAUGGCCAAGCAAGGAUGUAGGUUUAAAGGCAAAUGUGCACUAUUUGACCUGAGCAGGCCCUGCUGGGUAGACCUGUUUGAAAGAAUAGCAGGCAUUGAAUACCAACCACUUUCUUUCUCUCUCUCUCUUGCAUUGUCUUCCUCCAAAUUGGCAUCUACCUCAGGGGCGCGAGCGCGGAAUAGCAUGGGAUUUUGGAUGAAUAAUGGUAAUUAUUUUUUUAAAAAUAUUCUUUUUUUUUCCAGGCCACUAUUUUACACCUAGGAGAAUUUAUAAACCGGUCCUAAGCUGGACCUGAAUUUUCCUCACACUUUCCCCAAACUUUUUUGUGGGUCUUAUCACAGAAAUGGCAUCUAAGAACCUAUCACUCUUCAAAUACAGGGAUACCCUCAAUCAGUUUUUCAGUAGUAUGCAGCUCCUAUAAUCAGUAUAGCAACUAUCUACUGUGGGCCCCUAACCCAGCCCCCAUGUUGAAUAUCUGUAUAUGAAUGAGCAGGCCACUUAAUCCCACGCUGGCCAUGAUACUCGUAGCUCCUAAUCAGAAGGAUUCUGCUGGAGUAACUGACUUUCCGACGGUUGUCUCAGCUGCAAAACAAGGUACACAAUUCAAACCUGUUCUGCAGGCUUUCGUCAGGAUUAGUCGAAGGCUUAUUAUAUACAGUGUUUAUUAUAUGGUGAUGCUUUUCUUGCAGUGAUUUGUUGGCCAUGGUCUACAAUAGACUGGUUCUCCAUUAGAUCAAAAUUCUGCAGCUGACUGAUCUGAUACCUGCACUCUCGUGUCAUUGGGAACAGCAGCAUGAGGGACAUAGAAACCCUGGGAAGAGUUGUAGCUCAGUGGUAGAACAUCUCCUUUGCAUGCAAGAGGCCCCAGGCUCAAUCAAAUGCAAGCUUAUCUGAAACCCUGGAGGGCCAGUCGGUGUGGAUAAGACUCAGCUAGAUGGCUCAAGGAUCUAGCUCAGUAUAAGGCAGCUUCUUUCGCCUCUCUUUUCACCUGCUCUCUGACUAGAGCAUCCUGUCAUGGUUAAAAGCAGCGUGAGCAGAAUGACACAGACAUGCAGCAUUCAAUCCUCACCCCUGGCUUUUAGGGAUUGAAAAUGGCAGGUGUGGCUCAUCCUCCUUUUCGUUGCCAUGCAACAACAUCUGCCAAUUCGGAAGCUUUGUUAAGCUUAAUAAUAAUGCUGUGAGCCAAAGAAAGAUGAUAUAGGUUUAACUCUAUGAAAGGUAUACCACCACCCCUUAUUUUAGGGAAGGGAGACACAAUUGGGCUUCACUGAAGUGCUAGUCCUAUUCAAAGCAGACCCAUUGAAGUUCAAGGACAUGACUAACUUGGGUUAAUUAAUUUCAACUGAUCUACUCUGAGUAUUGUCCUUGAAAACGGUUCCUUGGUGAUGUCACCAAGCAAUGUCCCGCCAUGGCCUGAAAAUAAAACUCCCUUCCCAGUUGGAUCCAGGCUUAGUAAAUCAGGAAGUGAGUUCAGCAAACAAACUCUAUAAACCGAGACACAACAAAAUACGUUGAAAAUUGACACAGGCUCAUUGAUCCAAAACAUUUGGAUGCCUUUGCUCAGUUGCGUAAUACAGUCUAAGAAAGGAACCUCAGCCGUCUCUUGGGUUAGCAUUUCCUUUUCUAUGGAAACCUUUGUUGCUUCCAGGCCAUUAUGUGAUUGUCAGCUACAUGUUUGGAUAAGGCGAUUAUUCAGAAUAAGAAACCAGAAUACCUACUGUGUAUUUCAUUACUUGUAAAUAGUUGGCUCAGUUUCAGUGUAUAUAAUAAUAUGGAUGUGAUUAUAUUUACGCAUAUUUCCCCAGUACUUCUCCCCACCCAA